AUGGGAUUUUUACGCCUUGGAAGUAAAAAAGCCAAAAAAGAUACAACAGCAACCAUGUCUCCAUCAUUCAGUAGUCCUGACCCCCUCCACAUCAAGCUCAACAAGGAUGAGCCGCCACUACUCUCUUCCCCAAUUGCUGAUAAUUUCAUGAUGAGUAUUCCCACCGAGAAUCAAGAAGAUCCACAUGGUACCAUUGGCAAGUCACUUUACGAGGACAUCUUUUCAGAGCUCAAUCCAUCAUCAUCGGCUAUGUCACAAUGUGAGUAUUUAUCAUUACAUCAAGUUUACUACGUGGUCACUGAAAAUCGUGUGUAUACAGCGAAAGCCCCUGAGGAGCAACAAAUUAUGCGUGAAUCGGUUGAAGAAGCAAGUAGUAUUGCUGAAUCUUCUUCGACAUCCAAGGGAGGAGUUAAAGCCCAUAGCUCAGCAGCAGCUUCUCUUCCCCCUGCCGCCACCACCACCAUUACUAGUACUACUACCACCACCAUAUCCCCUACAAAACCAACACCACGACCAACAAGAAGGCGGAUGUUUAAACAGCAUCGCUCCUCUGUACCUGAUUCUGAUGCAUCGGAUAGUGACGCAUCAUCAUCUAGCACUGCCAUCACAUCCGAAAGUGUUGGCUCACUUAAGGCUUUUGAUCAUACCACCAAGCAUAAAAUCACACCAGAGACAUUAAUGGCACGUAUGAGAGAGCGACAUCGACAAGAGUGUCGAAAAUCAUGGAUGCCAUCUUCUCCUCCUACAGCAACUGAGCAGCAUCAUAAGCCUACUUCUGGUGCUGGCUUUUAUCGCACUGCAUCUCCCUCAAUGCCUGUCAUGUAUCCAGCCAACCCAAUGAUGCUCCCACUUGCCCACGAGUCUAUGCAGCAUCAACAUGUACAUCCUGGUAUCGUGCGUUCAGCAUCCACAUUUAGUGGUUUUUAUCACCCAUUGGAUCACCAUCAUCAGCCCCAUCCAUCAUUACAAUUGCGUCCUUUAAAUAAUCAAGGUCUACCUGUGCGAGCCAUACCACCCAUGUCUCCACCAUUAUCACCCAUUACACCCAUGUCUUCACCACCGCCUAUGACAAGCAUGCCUCAACAACAGCAACAACAACAACAUAUGGUAUCCCCUAUGAUUGCUCAACAAGACCAUCAGCCGUUGUUAUUGAAGCAGCCAUCAUCAAGUCCACCACCACUUUCAAAGAGACAUCAUAACGAGGAUGAUGACGACGACCAAAAUCAAGAUGCUUCUUUGAAACAAGAACCAAUUCAAGAAGAUACUCCUGCAGAUGAAGGUGACACAACAACCUUUCUUGUGGACAGGGAUGUCCAAACAGACGAAGACUAUCAUAAAAGGGACGAAUCAAUGACACCUCCUCCGAUCAUGGAAGAAGACAGCAAGGCUGAUGACAAGGUUCUAUCACCUAGUAGCGUGCAAUCGCAUGAAGACAAUUUGAAAAAUGACAAUGGUGGUGGUAGCGGUGGAGGUGUAAGGCAAGUGGUUCCUCUAGGCGAAACGAUGCCAGUGGUGCUUGUAUCUGAAUCGGAGACUGGGACAAAGCAAUACUAUCUUUUGCUACCACAGCAAUAUGGUGAAACUUUGCAAAAGGAGCUUCAGCAGCAACGACAACAGUCUUCAUCUCCUCAAUCAUCAUGUUGUAAUGCCGAUGUAUCAUCAUGUACUAAGGGGUUCCCUUGUCCCCAUCAACGGCACCGCCAUCACCACCACCAUCAUCAUCAUUGUAGUCACCACAGCAACCAUCGUCGCUCGUCGUCUCCAAGCAACAACCAUUGUUCACAGCAUCGACGUCAUCAUCAUUGCUGUCGUCGUCCAACAACUGGCAGUGGAAGCAGCAGGGCUGAUUCCAUCAUUUCUUCAGCACAACGAAGCUCAGUCUAA